AUGGCACCUCUCACAAUCGCUUCUCGUGCUCUUGCACGGGGAGUCGCGAGACCCACCUGCAGUCUCAAUGCCGCCCGCGCUCUGAGCACCUCUGCCCAGCUCCAAGACGCCGGCUACUCAAGCCCCUUCAAGGGCGAGUCCAAGACGACAAAGAUCCCCGACUUCAGCCACUACUUCAACAAGGGCGGCUCCGCGAACACGAACCUCCUCUUCAGCUACUUCAUGGUCGGAACGAUGGGUGCCAUCACUGCUGCUGGUGCCAAGUCGACCGUCCAAGAAUUCCUGAAGAACAUGUCCGCGUCCGCCGAUGUUUUGGCCAUGGCCAAGGUCGAGGUCGAUCUUCAAGCCAUCCCCGAGGGCAAGAACGUCAUCAUCAAGUGGAGAGGCAAGCCCGUCUUCAUCCGACACCGAACGCAGGAGGAGAUCGACCGGGCGAACAAGGUCAAUGUGGCAUCAUUAAGAGACCCCCAGGCCGACGAGGAUCGCGUACAGAAGCCCGAAUGGCUGGUCAUGUUGGGCGUCUGCACGCAUCUGGGUUGUGUGCCCAUCGGAGAGGCCGGCGACUACGGCGGAUGGUUCUGCCCCUGCCACGGUUCCCACUACGACAUCUCCGGACGUAUAAUGAAGGGACCUGCUCCUCUCAACCUCGAGAUACCCGCAUACGACUUCCCCGAGGAAGACAAGCUGAUCAUCGGUUAA